CACAAAGUAGUGUUGAAAGUGAGCAAAAAUGCCAAAUAUUCGAUCCAUCUCUGAGCCAUUGGCACAGAAAGCUAUCAAAGAACUAAAUGAAGUACCCGAAAGGAUCGAUGAGGACAUUACAGCGCUACGUACAUGGAUAAUGAAGCAGCCACAUUUGAGAACAAGGAUGGACGAUCAAUUUCUUGUUGCCUUUCUGAGGGGGUGCAAAUACUCAUUGGAAAAAGCAAAGCAGAAAAUUGAUCUCUUCUACAGUAUUCGGUCGAACUUCAAGGAAAUCAUGAGUAAUUAUGAUCCGAUGAUUGAAAAAAAUUUGCAAAUCAUAAAAAAGGGUAUUGCACUGCCACUUCCCAAUACCAUUGCACCCGAUAGCCCGAGGCUCUUUCUCUUUCGCCCAGGAGUCUAUGAGGCUCAUGAAUUUGAUAUAAUUGAUAUUAUGCGCAUUAGUAUUAUGAUCAAUGACAUUAUAAUGGUUGAUGAUGAUCAAAUGAUCGUAGCUGGGCAGAUGGGAAUAAUUGAUCUUUCAAAUGCUACAAUGGCGCAUUUUCUUCAAUAUACACCCACGCUUGCAAAGAAGAUGACUGUUAUGUCUCAAGAUGCUAUGCCUUUUCGUCUUAAGGGUGUCCACUACAUCAACACUCCAGCUGGUUUUGAGAUGGUCUACAAUAUGUUUAAAAAUUUCCUCAAUGAAAAGAACAGAAGUCGACUACAUGUGCAUGGUUCUAAUUUGGAGGCACUUUACCAGCACAUUCCUCAGAAACUAUUGCCAAAAGAAUAUGGUGGUGAAGCUGGUAAUUUAAAGGAUUUAACAGUGCAGUGGGAGAAAAAAUUUAUGGAGUAUCGUGACUUUUUCCUCGAUGAAGCUAAAUAUGGAACGGAUGAGAAGAAACGUCCUGGACGUCCUAAAACUGAAGAAGCAAUUUUUGGUUUAGAUGGCACCUUUAGAAAACUAAAUGUUGAUUGAAGGAAAAUUUCUGAAAAACAAUAAAAAAAAAUCUAAAGG